AUUUUCAAUGUUGUCAUCUAUAUUUAUAUAGUACAAUGAUCAUUUUAAACAAUCAUUUAUGUAUUAUCUUCCUUGUUAAAUACAAUUCUAUGAAAAUGCAUGAAAAAAGAUAGAAAAGAAGAGAGAAAAAUAAACAAAUAAACAAACAACCAAAUAAACAUUUACUAAAACAAGAUGUAAUUCUAUGUUUUAGUGUAUAUAGUAUGUUGUUGAUAACCAAUUUCAUUUGGAAUAAUUUAAUUAUUAAAAUACAAAUUAUUUUAUUGACUGUUUUUGUAAAUUUAUUAUUAUUUACUUUAAAUACAAUUGAAAUUUCACCUGAAAUGUAUAAUUUAUAUGAAUCAAAUUUAUUUAAAAAGAAUUUGCCUUAUUAUACUACUGGAUCAUAUUCACAAACUAUUCAAAAACAAAAAUUGGAAUUAAUACCAAUAAAAUCAUCUCCUGAACAUGUUAUCCUACUUGAUACAGACGUCACAGAUUGGAGUAACUGGACAAGAAAUACUGGGAAAUAUGAAGGAUGGCGUCAACAAACUCACCCAAUUUUACAAAGGAAAAUUUAUGGUGUGUGUCAGAUAGCUCAAGAACACAAUGAUAAUUGGUUGUACAGUCCACUAGUUUAUGUCAACGAAGCAAAAAGUAUUACUAUUGAAAUUACUUUCACCAUUAGAGAAUGUAGUGAACAUCCGAAUUCAGAAGUGUUACAGCAUUGUCAAGAGGUAUUGGAACUUUUUUUACAUCAGGUCGAUGUAACAACAUCAAAUGAUAAGAAUGUCAACCAAACACAAAAUUUAUUCAUUAAAUUGGCUACAUUAACCACAUCACAAAAGCCAAAACAUGAUUUAUUCACAGAAGAAUUUCUUAUUGGAUGGAAUAUUUCUAAUCAAAAUAAAAAUCAUUUACCUGAUUCAUCUUCAGAACAAGUUACUGUACAUAUCAGUAGAUUUAAUGUACAAAAUGAUAACAUUCAAAUAGCUGUAAGAGAUCGUGGAUCAUGUUCAACAAUACGACGAGUACGCCUAGGUUUUGUAGUUUGUCCAUUUAUCAGAAAAAAUUUUAUUGAAUAUCCUCGAACUAUUUCGGGGAAAAUAAUGGAAGGUUUAACUAUAGAUGGUCGUUGUAUCAGUGGUGCAGCAUUACUCAAUCAUAGAGAAAUACCUAAGUUAAUUUGUCAAACAGAUGGAAUAUGGUAUUAUGAAGCAAUAAAAUCUUUUCAUUCUGGUGGAGGAAAAGAUUAUGAUAGUUUAUCUAAAAACAACUUUUUAAAUCAUUUAGACAGACCAUGUGAAUGUAUGCCUGGUUUUGGUGUACUGAAUGAAGAUAAUUUAAUGGAUCAAUUAUGUGAGCCUUGUGGAUUAGAUUACUUCAAACCAACAUUUGGACCAUUUGCAUGUCAACGUUGUCCAUUAAACUCUCAUAAUCCUUUUCACACAUUAACAAGUCGUAGUAUACAACGUUUCAAUAUGUUAACCUAUAGAUCUAAAGCUUCAAUAUAUAAUGAAUCAAGUCUUAAUCAAGUAGAUAGUUGUGUAUGUGAUGCCGGUUACUAUCGUCAUCCAGUAUUAGAUAGACCAGAUUCAUCUUGUACAAAAAUUCCAUCGGCACCAAGAAACGUAACUGUCAACCUAAGCGAUCCAGCAAGGGUACAGCUGUUCUGGAAUGAACCAUUAGAUACCGGAGGUCGAGCUCAUGUCUGGUAUAUAAUAAACUGUUUAGAGAUACCGAACCAGUCAUGUUCACCUCAUCUUACGGUUGUACCAACAGUUCCGACUCUGAUGACAAGCCUAGUUCUAAUUGGGUUGAAUUUGGGUAAAUCAAUUAUAUUGAGUGUAAUAGCUACAAAUGAACUGAGUGAACAUCUCCCACACUUAGAGCUCAUCCAGUCAACUGCUAGUAUAACAAUCCAACUACCAAAUCCAAUUAAUAUAUCUGUUGGGAGUGUCCAUUUUAAUGAAGUAAGACACUUGCAAGCCAACAAGUCAACAACACAUCAAUUAACCAUUGAUUCUAAUACAUACAAUAAAGCUAAAAAAAAUUCCAUGGACAAAGUAUAUGAGUUCUCAUGGGAACCACCUCAAUUUGUAACAAGCAAAUCAUUCAUUCAAGUAUCAACGUCAGAUUACAAGUCUCAGUUAUCUAAUUCACAGAUACAUUCAUCGAAUGCGGAUUUCAGUGUUAUUGAGUAUCAAGUAUAUGUUUGGAUUAACUCUUCUUUGAUGGAAUUCGAAGAUAAGUAUUGGCAAAGUAAACCAGCACUUACUCACUUUUUGUCAGAAACAUCCAUAUUUUUAACAGAUUUACCACAACCUGGAAUAUUAGGAAUAUGGGUGAGACCUCAUCUUUCAGCUGGUUGGGGAAUAUUUAAGAAGUCGGUUUAUCGAUAUUCAAAUACUGAUCAAAGUGAUCCCCAAGUGGAAGAAAAAUCUACUACUUACAAUCCAUUACUUAUGGAUACUACCUCAAAAGAUUUAAGAUCAAUGAAUGUUUCUGAAAUAAUAAAACCAACACAACCAUCUAAGCGCUUUCAAAUACUUAUGGGUAUAUUAAGUUUAGCAGUAAUAUUGUUAUGUUGUCUUUUGGGUACUCUUAUAUUUCUACGUUUUUGUACUAAACGAUCUAGAUCUACAGAAGAAAAUACGCAAAUGGAAACUGUUCUCGUUUCGAAUUCAAUGAGUGGUAUGACAGAGAAGCCUACACCAUGUGAUUUGGAACUUGAAGUUCCAGAUAGUCCAGUAGCAAGUGACCACUCAACUCCAUUAAAAUCAACCAUGUGUGAUUCUUCUCAACCACCCAUUUCAAUUCGAGAAACAAACAAAGAAAUCGAUCCACGUCGGAUAAUGAUCAGAAGUACAAUAGGGGAAGGUGAAUUUGGUAAAGUAUGUGCUGGUGAUUUUAUAACUACUGAUGAAAAUAAAGUUCAACUUGUUGCAAUAAAAAUGUUACAUCCAGAUGUCAGUGAAAAAACUCGUCAAGAUUUUUUAACAGAAGCUAAUAUAUUAAGUCAAUUAGAUCAUCCAAAUAUUAUUCAAUUAAUUGGAUUAGUCAUUAAAUCUGAACCUAAAAUGAUAGUUAUUGAAUUUAUGGAAAAUGGAUCACUGGAUAAUUAUUUACGUCGCAACGGAAAUACACUAUCCAUGGAACAAUUAUUGUAUAUGUUGAGAGAUGUUGCAUGUGGUAUGAAUUAUCUUUCUCAUCUUAACUUUGUUCAUAGAGAUUUGGCAGCCCGUAAUAUACUUGUUGAUAAGUUUAACAUUUGUAAAGUGUCUGACUUUGGUUUGACCCGAAAAUGUAAUUCAGAUUCUGAUGAAGAUGCGUACACGUUCACUGGAGGUAAAGUUCCCAUACGUUGGACGGCUCCCGAAGCUAUAAUGUACAGGAAAAUCACAUUUGCCAGUGAUAUAUGGUCAUUUGGUAUCGUCGCUUGGGAGUUAUUUAGUUUAGGUGAAAGACCUUACUGGAAUUGGACAAAUCAGGCUGUAAUUACAAUGCUAGAGAAAGGUUACCGUUUGCCAUCACCAAAUAUAUGUCCUUCUGAUAUAUAUCAAAUAAUGACUUCAUGUUGGCAUAGUAAUCCAGACCAAAGACCAGAUUUUAGUUCAAUUUGUGUAGAAAUUAAUCACUUUAUUGAUUCAUAUCUUCAGACAAAUAAAAGAAUUGAACAGUUGAACAUUAAUCAAUUAAAAAAUGAUAAUGGUUCUUUAGCAUUUUCACUUAAUGAUGAUCUCGCAUACUGUUUAUUACCUAAAUCAUAUGAUAUUAGUUUAACUGCCAAAAGUAACAAUAAUACUUCUGGGAAUAAUAACAUAUCACAGAUUUCAAGAACUUCAUCAUAUAAAAUGUACACUUCAUUUUCUUCAUCAAAUACAUAUUUUAAUAUAAAUGCAGCAAAUAUACUCACAGAUAGUUCGUUUCCUAACAGUAAUACAGAAUGUAAGAAUGAAUUAUUAAUAAAUGAUUUCAAAGAGUCAGUUCAAAAUAACUUUAUAGCUACACUUGAUACCGGUAAACGUGGAAAUAUAAGUUGCAGUCAAGAUAAAUAUCUUCACUAUUCAAGCAGUUUAAAUAGAAAUGAAUGUAAUUCCGAUUUCGUAAAUGAAACAUAUACUCCGUUAUCAAAACAAAAGUGCAAUGGUUAUGCAUAGUGUUUAUUUUUCUGUAAUAGUAGUGACUGAAUGAACUAUAGGUAAUAUUAGUUUAAUCUACAACUGGUCUAUUUAAGUUGUAGGAUCUAAGGAUUAAAGUAAUCACUUGACUAGAAUAUUCAGUAUGGAACAUUUCCUUUCAUACAUUCCUUCAUUAUCUGUUUUAUUUAUUUUCUAACUUAAUAAAUGUACACUUCUUCCCUUUACUAUUAUUCGAUUUUAGAUUGCGUUUAUGACAUGUCUUCCUAAAAUUACAUUUUAUGUAAAUUUUGAGACACCAGUUAGUUACUUUCAGAGUUUUGUCAAAUUAUUACAAUCUUGAUAUUGGUAUUUACAUACAUUUCAACUUGUACAUUAUUGUAACAUGUCUAAAAUACAGUGAUACAGUAAAC